AUGGCGAAACGGAACGUGGAAGGUAAUAACAAAAUUAAAUGUGAUAACACUAGAACGAAUAAUAAGUGUAGCGCAUCGAAAACAAAAAGUCCAGUGCAAGAUUCCAAAAAUUAUAGGAAUAGAAUGCAGACACCAGAGUUGAAAGACCAAUAUCAUAGGGCAAUAUCAUUAUCUUCGAGUCCUAAAACGCACAGUUUGUCUCCAAACUAUUCAAAAUCAUCCACACCAGACAGCAAGCAAUAUGCUGGUUGUAAAUGGUCAGAGCCUCCGUCUCCUUCAACUUUGCCUCAACCGCCUCUACAUUGGAUGCAGAAAACAUCACAACAAUUUUUCUUCACCAGGCCAUUUCAAAAGUGUCAACCGGAACAAGAUAUUGCUCAUCAAUUGAAAGUUUUACUAAACGUUCAAGCUUGA